CGCCCUGGCCGCGCGCAGUCUGGUGCAUGCCAAGGCCGGCACAGUGCUGGCCGCCCUGCUAAAGAUGCUGCCCCUCUGGCUGAUGGUUUUCCCGGGUAUGGCGGCGCGCGUGCUGUACAAGGACCGCGUGGCCUGCUCGGACCCGGAGGCCUGCUGGCGGCUCUGCCGAUCCCGCUCCGGCUGCAGCAACCUCGCCUACAUCGAGCUCGUGGUGCAGCUGCUGCCGCCCGGCCUCUCUGGCAUGAUGCUGGCAGUGAUGCUAGCCGCCCUGAUGUCUUCGCUGACGUCCAUUUUCAACUCUGCGUCCACGCUGUUCUCCAUCGACAUAUACAAGCGGAUCAGAACGAAUGCGACGGAGAUCGAGCAGGUCAUUGUGGGCCGCAUGUUCGUUAUCGUCAUGGUGGGCAUCUCCAUCGUGUGGGUGCCCAUCAUCAACAACUUCUCGUCGGACCAGCUGUUCGUCUACAUUCAGAGCAUGCAAUCGUACCUACCACCGCCCAUCUGCGCCGUCUACGUGCUCUCCGUGUUCUGGAGUCGGACCACCGAGCCGGGUGCCUUCUACGGCCUGGUGUUGGGUCUGGCGAUCGGCGCGUAG